AUGUCUCUCAAAGCUGAACUUGAAACCUGGUCUGCUGCACUCAAGGCAUACGAUGAAGAAGAUUUCGAAAAGUCUCUUGAUCUUUUCUCUCGUAUCGCUGAUUCGUCUAAAAUUUUGACGAAUAUGGGCUUGAUAUACGCGACGCUGGGCGAGCAUGAAGCUGCUGUGGAUAAGUUUAUCGAAGCGACUGGGUUGGAUAGUUUUUUGGCAGUUGCAUAUUUCCAAUGUGGGGUCUCUAAUUUCCUGCUCGCUCGGUACGAUCUGGCGUUGAAAGACUUCGAGGAGGCGCUUCUAUAUUUGAGAGGGAACCAAGCCAUAAAUUACGAACAGCUCGGGCUCAAGUUUAAAUUGUUCUCAGCAGAAGUACUAUUUAACAAAGGGCUGUCUCAAAUUUACUUGGGCAGUGUGGACGCAGGAUUGGCGGACAUGCAGGAGGCAAGGAAAGACAAAGCCACAGACGAACAUAAUGUUAUUGAUGAUGCUAUUGCUGAUCGCGGAGAGGGAUACACGGUGUUCAGUAUUCCUGUUGGUGUCCUCUACCGUCCAUCGGAGAAGAAACUCAAGAAUGCCGUUAGCAAGAACUAUAUGGGCAAAGCUGUUCUGAUUGCUGCUGCGGAUUCUCGAGAUGCUUUCACGGGCUUCACAGGUUCCACCAAUCUGAAGCAGGGUAUAUCUCCUUCUGGCGUGUUCGUUGAGACAGCGCCUGAUCUCACCAGGAGCGCUACUGCCCCUGCACCUUCUUUACCUAGUACGUUCCUCAAACAUACUGAAGUGGGACGAGCUCCUGCCUUGGGCAGAGCAAACACUACGUUAAACGUUCCUUCUAAUGCUCGUGAACGAAUCACUGGUUCAGACUCUUCGCCAGAACCCACCGCUAGCGUUACUAGGAGCAACACUACUAUAUCUCCGAUCAAGCCAAGCGUCAAUGCCACUAUGGGCAUGGGUAUGGGAGGUCCCGUUCGUGGGCUCAGCGUAAGGAAAACGCCGGCAGGCAAUACUGCACCACCCCCGCCACCUCUCAAAGGUCCGUUGAUAAGACGCUCUUACAACCGUCUCACGGAAUUUUAUGACGACUAUCUUGAUAGCUACGGGAAUGACGGACCAUCUCCACCUUUGCCCCUUGCCAGUGCGGGUGCAGCUGCAAAUGGACCUCCCGACCGCAUCGCUGCAUGGGCGCGUUCGAACGCAAACCCCAAUAAUCUUCCUCCAAUUGCAAGAUCAGGUUCUCGAAGUGCACCUGCUAGUAAUUAUGCUCCAAGUUCUUUCGGUGGAGGCAGCGUCAGGAGAAGAGUAACAAGGCGGAACACCGCUCGUACUGCGAAUAGUCGCAUCCAAAGCUCCUAUGAAGAGGAGGAAGAGGGCUAUGCAAGUGGUGAUUAUGACGACGGCCCAUUUGAAUUGGUCAAGAUUCGUGUGAAGCUACACUACAAAGACGACGUACGUGGUAUGGCACUGACACCCGACACUUCGUUUGAGGACUUUAUGGACAAAAUCACCAGCAAAUUCGGCAAGGGCUUUGGUGGGCUCGGACUGAAGUUCAAAGAUGAGGAUGGUGGUAAGGUCACGUUGCAGGACGAGUCUGACUAUGACCUUGCCAUUGAGACUGCACGCGAAAGCUCGAAGGGAAAGCCAGAAGGGAAAUUAGAAAUCUGGUGUGAGGAUAACUAA